ACCGGAGCGAACCGUGCGGGAGGCUCAUCACACAGUUGACUUCAGCCACCGAGGAGAGAACCUGUUAGCCACACCAAGGACACUAUCUCGGUAGUGUCCAUGGUGAGGCCUUUGUUGUAGUGUUUUAAAAAGCGAAAAUUCUAAAUUCAUUUGCUGCUGAUGAAGAUGCAAGCCGUCGAGAGAUCGCUCAUCGACCAUCAGGACCGAGGGCACCAGCCAACAUUCUUGGAAGUCCACGAAAAUGACAUUCCAUUGCACCAAUCAUCACCUGUUCAAGAAACAGGUGAACAGGUGCACUUGCAAGAACUUCAUACUGGAAUCGUUGUGGCCCACGUGGGCUCAGGCAACCUGUUUCCACCAAUGGCUUCAGCUGAAACCAGUUGGAGAGGUCAUGACCUGUCCCAUCGUUUAGAGACAGAGCACGACUACGAAGUGCAUGGCAACAGGAAUAGAAUUGUGUACCUGCUGGCAACCCAGGACACAGACCGUCUUCCUGUCCACACCCUUUAUGCCACGUUGUCAGUGAGAGUCCGCCGCAUCGAUACCACCAUCACUGAUUCUUAGCUUCUACAUGUGUUAUGUAUUAGUAAAUUAGUUGCUAGGUUAGGAACUGAAAGUAAACUUGCUUUGUAGUGUACGUACCUCUCUGCGCGUGAAAUGGCGAGAAUAGAGGUCAGUGUUGUUGUCAUGAACCAGCCUGGUUCAAGGCCAGAACAACAGGCCGAAGCGGGGGUGUGGUAGAUAAUUAUACGUGGGCCGUGGUCAAUGAAAGCGGACAUUUCAGGGAGACUUUUCUGUCCGUUUUUACGACUUGACUUAUGGAGGCGACCGAGGCACAGGGUUGGGGGGAGGGUAAGAUGUAGGUGGUUAGUAGUAUAGCGCGGUGGGUAGUAGUUCCUUUAGUGUUAGAGCGAUAGCAUCAGGGCCGGGUUGAUUUGGUGGCGAGUAGUCACGUGUCCUCUUACUAUAUAGUUAGGGGUAGAUGUUUAGUCGGGGCUUUUUCCUCGUGUUCCAGCAGAGACGCCGCUCUCUGAGCGAUUGUCAGGCGCAGGCAGCAGGUCUGAGAAGGGGAAGUCCGUUUAGAACGUAUCACUACCUGCUGGCACUUGCGGUCUGGUUGUGUAGAGAGGAGAGUGUGUGCUGUAACCAGGAGACCGAUUCUCCCAACGACAAGGGGGGGGGGGGAGUUAACCGUGUCCGGCAGCAAGACGUGCGAGGCCGCGGUUGGUAGAGACCACCGUGCCACCGGUCCAGUUGUGGUCAUCAUCCGAGUACAACAGACAAACCAUCUUUACCAUUGAGAAUCGUCGCUGCACCCAAUUGCCUGGGGCAACUGUGGUGGAGCAGUGGCAAGGAAUCGUCGGGAAGACAGGGUGCUUGCAACCAGCUGCACUCAUCUUCAGAUUCCAUCCAGGUGGAGCGAGCCGGCUACAGUGACCCCUUUCCCCUCGGGUGGUAAUCCCAUCCCUCUGCCCCGCCUCGUUUCAUCACAGUUGUCCGCGUGCGAUUGAGUGUAAAGGGAACAUCCCCCUGUUGGAAUGAGAUGAGAACCCAUGAGACCCUCACUGCACUGAUGGUCACAGGUCCACCUUAUUGCAAGACACAAGACACCAUCGGAAACAAAUGAAAUUCUAUCAAUUUACAACUGUUGAUUGAAUAAAGCAUGAGGAACUGGAGGAAGUAUACAGAUUAAAUUCCUCUUUUAAACUUCUGUCAAACCUUUAUUACCAAUAAUAAAAAAAGAAGAGCAUAACA